CCCAUCAUGAAAUUAAGCCAUGGGAUCUCAUGAACAAUUUUUUCUUGAAAAUAUUUUCUAAAUGAUUAAGUCCCUUUGUACUGUUAGAAAUAGAAUCGGAAAGUGAAGAAGCCAUGGAAACCCAAACAGAUCCAAACCAGAAUCCACCCAAAACCAAAAGGCAUAUCUUCAUACUCUCCGGUCAAAGCAACAUGUCCGGUCGCGGCGGUGUCAUCAAAAACCCUCACCACACACCAAACAAACGCUGGAACGGCGUCAUCCCACCGGAAUGCAGUCCCGACUCAUCCAUCCUCCGUUUCAGCUCCACCCUCAAAUGGGAACAAGCACACGAACCUCUCCACGCCGAUAUCGACAACAAGAAAGUCUGCGGCAUAGGUCCUGGAAUGUCAUUCGCAAACGCAGUACGGCAGCGCGUAGCUGGAGAAUUGGGACUCGUUCCCUGUGCCGUUGGUGGCACUGCAAUAAAGGAGUGGGCGCGUGGAGAAGAAUUGUAUGAAAACAUGGUGAAGAGAAGCAAAGAAAGCGUUAAGGGAGAUGAAAAUGCUGAGAUCAAAGCUUUGCUUUGGUAUCAAGGAGAAAGUGACACGUCGAGUGAACAUGAUGCAGAGGUUUAUAAAGCCAACAUGGAGAAUCUCAUCCACAAUGUUCGUCAAGAUCUCAAUUUGCCAUCUCUUCCAAUAAUUCAGGUUGCGCUAGCAUCAGGGUUUGAAUACAUUGAGAAAGUGAGAGAAGCACAAAAAGGGAUUAAUAUUAGUAAUGUGAUUUGCAUUGAUGCAAAGGGAUUGCAAUUGAAGGAAGAUAAUCUUCACUUGAACACAGAAGCUCAAAUUAAAUUGGGUCACAUGCUGGCUGAGGCGUAUCUUACUCAUUUUGAUGUGUGAAUUGUAUUUGAUAAAAGAAAACUAGCUCAUUUCGUUAAAAAGCAUAAGAUCAUAUAUGUUGUAAGUUGUAACAUCAUAAUGAUGAAAACUGACAUUGUGUGGUGAGGAGAUAA